AUAAACCCACAAAAGGGCUGUGAUGAAAAUGAACAACUGCAGAAACGAUCGAACACCUCUACCUCUCACUUUAUCCAUUUUCCCCUCUCCCUCUUCCUCUCCCUCCCCAGAUUGAUUUCUACUCCUAAGAUUGAAACAAGAUUCUUCCCAAAUCUCCCCACGGAUAAAUAGUGCUCUGUUUAUCCGUCGAUUCUCCCGAAUUUUUUUGUUGCAAAAUCCUCUCAAUUCCAUCCCCGCACCACCGUCGGAAAUUUCACAUUAAUCAGAGUUUCGCCGCCGGAUUUGGAGCCGUUUCUGGAAAUAUGAUGCGAAGGCAGCUGAAUAAUCAGCCGGAUUACUAUUCGAAAAUUUUCUACGACGUCUCCGCUUUGGUUCUCAAAGUUAUGCGGUCUCCGCCUCCGCCGUUCGAUUUCGCCGACCCGGCCGCGGUGGCGGUGCAUCGCCGGGGGCGGGAGGGACCGCCGUUUCACCAGAUUACGCCGGCCGGGUUCGCGUCGCUGCUGCUCGGAAUUUCCUUGGCUUUAAUGCUAUGUGGUUCGGUUACUUUUUUUCUAGGGUUCUUAUUGAUGCCUUGGGUACUUGUGCUGGUGGUGAUUUUGUACGUUGUCGGGAUAGUUUCCAGCAUCUCGAUGAUUGGGAGAGCCAUUUGGUGCCAUAAUUCAGCCCCAAUUUCGCCUAGAAAAGAUAUUCCCUUGGAAGCUUUUGUAGAAAGGCUUUCUGGUUACCGGGCAUCGUAAUGAUGCAUUCUGCAGCGACGCCUGCUUCCUGCAACAGCCCUUUCGACUCCCACGCCGUGGCAAAUGUGGAUAUUUAUAUAUAUAUAUAUAUAUAUAUAUAUUUGUCGGCUCGAUCCGUCGAUUCGGGUACUUGAAAAAGGUAAUGUGUGUAUAUGGUGACAUUUCUAUUUUAAGUAAAUGAAUGAGGGCUUCACUUACAUCAUUUGAAGAUGGAACAUUUCUUCAUUUGCCUGUUUUGCUGGUUGUAUUUGGAAUCACAAAACAUUCUCUAUUUAUGUUGGGGAUCAGGGUGUGUUUGUUUCUAUAUUUUGGUU